GCAGGUCGUAACUGUCCGUCGAGCCUGCACUUUGUUUACGUCCUGUUGUUAGCUGACAGCUGUCGGAGCGCUUUCACUUACAUUAACAACCGUGCCUGCCUGUCUCUGGUGGACAUAUUUACAGUUUGUUCAACUUCACACCGCUUCUCCUGGAUGUCGAGGUUGGCGUGUUUUUAUUGAAUGAGGGGAAGUCUCUAGAUGCAGACGGGAGGAUGAACUCCAUCACCGGCCGGGUGCUCGCCAUCCCCGCCGCCUCUGUCACCAACUCUGGAGCUUCAUCUUCUCGAGCUUUACAUGUAGAGCUCACAUCCCAGCAGAGACGAUUGCGUCAUCUCCGGAGCAUCGCUGCCAGAAACAUCGUCAACAAGAAUGGUUCCCCACUGCUGGACACAUACUUCACCCUCCACCUCUGUAUAGGAGAGCGCAUAUCUAGAGAUUUUUACAAGAGUGAAGUCAUACGAGACUCACUGAAUCCAACUUGGCGCAGCCUGGACUUUGGAAUGCUGCCAGACCUCCUGGACACCUCAGUGUCUUGCUUCGUGGUGAGGAUCUGGGGAGGACAGGAAGAAGAGUACCACCUCCUCAUAGAAUGGAAGGUCAACUUGGACGGCCUCAGAUACACAGGACAGCAGAUUCGAUCCAGGAAUCCAAAUGAGAUCAUAUUUGGAUUGAACGAUGGCUACUAUGCAGCUGACUUUGAUCAUAAGGAUCAGUCGGAGCGGAAGAAAAACAGCCUGCUUCAGGUCGACCAGAGUUCAGUCAGGAACUCCUACAGUGUUUUCUCUUUGCUCAGGCUUCACACAGCGCAGAGGGCCAUCAAGCAGACCCAAGUGACGGUGCAGAAGAUCGGGAAGGAGAUUGAGGAGAAACUAAGGACGACGGCGACCUGCACGGAGCGGAAGAAGGAGCGGGAGUGCAUGCAGCUGCGUAUCGCCGUGCUGCGGAGUGAGCUACAGCGCCAGAGGAAGGCUCUUGGCAGGGAGAUAGACCUGCGGCAGAAGGAUAGGGCACAGCUUCAGAAGAAAGAGGAAGCCUUCUCCGCUCAGCACGAGAGUCUGAAGGAGGAGAAAGAAUCUUUAACCAAACUGCAGAAGGAAUGCACUGCCAAGAGAGAGCAGUUUCUGAAGUCCAACGCCCAGCUGACCUUCCGCUGUCGUCAGCUCCUCUCUGAGCUUUCCUACAUCUACCCCAUCGAUGUGGCUAAUCAGUCAGAUUAUGUCAUCUGCGGAGUGAAGCUGCCAAACUCUGAAGACUUUCAAGCAAAGGAUGAUGGGAGCGUGGCAGUCGCCCUGGGUUACACCUCGCACCUGGUCCUGAUGAUCUCCUGCUUCCUGCAGAUCCCCCUUAGGUAUCCGGUGAUCCACAAGGGUUCACGCUCCUCCAUCAAGGACACCAUCACUGACAGACUCACCGAGAAGGAGAGAGAAUUCCCUUUGUACCCCAGAGGAGAGCGCUUUCAUUUUGAAUAUGGUGUCUACUUGCUCAACAAGAAUAUUGCCCAGCUGAGAUAUCAACACGGCUUGACCACCCCUGACCUGCAGCAAACACUUCCCAACCUGAAGAACUUCCUGGAGCAUGGCCUGAUGGUCCGAUGUGACCGACACAAUGUCUCCAGCUCCAUUCCAGUCCCAGCCAAGUCCCAGCUUGGCGUAUGUGCUGCCUCAGAGAUAGGCUUCCCCAGCCACACCAGCUCUCCAGACCGAGGCCUGAGAAAGAGGGCGAGCUCGGAGGCCGAUAAGUACAAGUCAACUCCCCCGCCCAGCUACGACACGGCGAUGGGUGAAGAGCAGCCCCCGGUUAGCCUGGCGCCUCCCUCACCUUCCACCAAGCACCUGUCCUCCUCCCUCGAUGCCGGCAUGGCCUCGCUUAACGUGUCUGAGCCCACGGAGGCGAAAGAAGAGGAGGGCGAGCAGAAGGACGAGAAGGAGGAGACGGCAGAGAAGGCGGAGAGCAGAAGCCUUGACAGAGAGGCUAACCUGGAGAAAGAAGAAGAGUCUGAGGAGCAGCCACCCAGCAGCACACCUGCACCCAGCGGGGGGGACGCAGGUGAGGAAACAGUGGGCACUAGUCAGAACACAGGCACCAUGAACGGCUCUUUGGUACCAGGACAGGUGUCGGGACUGAUUCCAGAGAUGCGCUGCUCUGUGGAGCAAGCGGAGGAGAUCAUGGGCACAGAGGCCACCGGCUUGGGAUUGGGGAUGGGGUUAGGUUUGGGGUUGGGUCUAGCAGAUGAGGCCCGUCUGGCAGACUACCGCUGCAUCCCUGUGGACCAUGCAGUAGCCGUGGAGUGUGACGAGCAGGUUCUGGGCGAGCUGGACGUGGCCGGCUUCGAGGAGUUCUCCAGGCGCAUCUAUGCACUCAACGAGAACAUGUCCAGCUUCCGCCGGCCGCGCAAAAACUCUGAUAAGUGAGGAAGAGGACUUAAAGAGGAGAGAGGCAGAAAUGAAAAAAAAAAAAAAAAACUUGCACAGAGGGUUUGGACAAAUAUAAGGCAGGGACAUAGACUGAGAGGACAAAGGUGGGGUCCCCACUCUCUAAUCGCAGCAUCAACAAUAUAGGAGCUAUUCUGGAAUAAUGACCAAUUUGCACUUAUUGUAAACAUUUCCAUAGUAAUCUUUUAAAUAAAAUGCAGUUAAAAGUGCAAGUGUUGGGACAGUAAGCUUAAUUGAUUUUUAUUUUAUUUUUGAUGUCAAUAAUAAUAUAUUUUUAAAAAUUAAUACAAAAACAAUAAUUUAAACAUUUUUAUGCACAGAGUUAUUUGGCCUCUGUGUUAAUUAUUGCCCUUUAUGAAUUAGUGUCAGCUAGUAUAGUUUGUCGUUCCAUAACUGGGGACCAUUAAUGCCAAAUCUAACAUGACUCACAAACAAUAUAUAUGACUUGCACUUUGCUUCCAAACCCUUCCUGCAAUACCAGCCUGUACAAAGAAAUCACCUCUAGACUUCAUUUAUCAUUCACACCCAGAGUGCAGCCUCAGUACAUCAGGGUAUUUACAUGUUUCAAUGCAGCAGCUCCAAAUCAUUUUCCUUAUCAGUUUACAUCAAGUUUCACCUUGACAACAGAGGCUUUUUGGGGCAUUUCAUCAAUUAUAAAAUCUAUAAUGCAGAUAAGAGACGCACAAGCAGAGAGAGAGUGCUUUUUAUCAAAGUGGAUCAUCUUCAGUCACUUGUAGGAAUCAGAGCCUGCUGUCCCAGUACUUCAAUCUUUGACUGUACACGCAGAUGUUUAGAAGCUUCCCAGGUCUUCAUGCAGUGUGGAUGGCAGUGAGUGUGUUUGCAGGAGGGAGAAGAUGGGCAUGCAUAAGAGUGUGUGUGUGUGUGUGUGUGCGUGCGUGCGUGUGUGUGUGUGUGUGUGUGUGUCUGGAGUGGGUUUCACAUUAGCAUGCAAACACAGUUUCACAGAUCACAGUUAGGUUUCAAAAGAUCCCACCAAUGACCUUUCAGCUAUGUGAUACAAUAAAGCGAGGUGGGAGCUUGAACCAGUAGCCCAAUCAGAGACUCCCUAACUGUUACGCAACACGCUGCAUCUACCCUCCCCCACUUUUCGACAGGGCAACCCACCCGCCGUUCUCCAUGCAGGGCCGUGUUCCUCCUUCAGGUCUUACGACGAGGAUCACAAGAGGGGCAGGUCGGAGUUUACAGCACAUGGCAGGGAUACGGUGCAAUUGUGUUUCUGUCCAUCUCCAUGUCCUCUUUUUUUAGUUCUUUCAUUGUUUUAAUGUACCCCAUCAAUAUUGACAUCAAUGUUAAUGUCAUGUCCACUGAUCCUCACCUUCAGUAGACCAAAAAGUUGAAUUCUGUCUGUACUCUGUUGGAAUGUCUCACUCAGGCUCUACUGUAAGUGUUAAUAGCAAGUGUCUCAAUCCCAUUGUCUGUGAUUUUGUCCCACGUCUCCCUGUCCCCAAUGCUUUCUUGCACUGGUAUUCAAUGGCAGUUAUUUGCAUUAUUUAUGUCAUGUCGUGUGUGCUUUGUUUAAAAGGAAAUCAAUAUUUAGUUCUAUUUUCCCCUGUGAUAAAAAAUAUAUGUGACGUUACUCAUUAAUAUUGUCAAACGUUAGACUGAUAUCACAGCGAGUGUCCAGGUCCAGACGUGGACAGCUGCUUUGCAUCGCCCGCCAUAACAAAGAUGGACUCUCCACUGGCAGCCCACUCUGUGUUUCAGAUCCAGUACUGUGGUUACUGACUGUUGAGAGGUAUUGUAUUUAAAACUGAAAAAGAUGAACCAUACUAGAUCAUUUCCAUAAAUUGCUAUACAGUUCAAUAAGUGACCAUGUACAUAUACUUUUGUAUGGAGGGUUUCUUUUUGUUAUUAAAGACUUGCAGUCCAAUGGCAUGGAUGUAUGUAGCCCCUU